CCUCGACGGGCAAACGGCUGAUGGCCCAAAAAUCGCAUGAAGGCUGCGGCGUGCAAAAGGAUGACAACUUGUUCCGAUAAACACGUACGUCAUUUUAUUUUUAAGGCUACCUUCGUUACGGUGCUACGGUGCUCCAAGUGAGGGAGCGAGGGGGGUUCCUACUAAGUGUGUGUUUUGAUACCGGCGAGACACUGGCAGUCGUCGGUGGUGCUCUGGAAAGCAGGUCCGAUUACGGCCAAAUACUCCUCUCUGAUCUGAGAACUCCGCGGGGACGUUAGUUGGCUCCAAAAUAGUACAGCAGAAGCAGCUAUAGUUGCAUUGAAGGUCUAGGAGAUUGAGAACGACGGCUCUGACUCAUUACAGAUAAAAUUUGUUUGUCUUAUUUAGUUCACUUAGCUUUAAACGGCUGACCGCUUCAGAAAAUACUCACGGUUGUAGUAGCAUCAAACAUAUAACAUAGUCGGAACAAAGCAGUUAAUGCUCACUGGAAGAAACCGGCAAGGUGCAAAUUAUACCAAAGUUUUAUAUGAGCAUAAGGGUACUAUUAAAGAAAAAGCGUGGGAGGACAGCUACGGACAGUGGACUAGUAACGAACGUGUCACGCAAACAGAGUGUGUAUGGUGUGAUAAAUUAAUCAGAUCGAUACAGACAAUUUCAAAUGAGCUUUGUCAGCUAACCGUUCAUAAACGAGCAAAAACCUUGAGCGCGCGGUGGACAGUCAGGAUAUUGUCGUGCCGCGUUGGGUGCUAAUGGAACUAUGUGCAGAUAUAGACUCACCCACAGUACCGCAUUCCGCAUGAAUAUUGGAUUGAUGUCAAGGUGGAACGUAUGGUUUUGUUUGGUGGUAGUUGUAGCACAUUGUGCUGUGCGGUCGGAGCAUAAUAGCUUACGCAAAUUAGAAGUUCCUGCAGAACAUUUGCCUCUAUGGGCCGCUCUUAAUCAGAGUCUGUUAGAUGAGUGCGUAAGAGACAAGGUUUGCCAGGCCAAUCUCAAACAAAAUAAAUGCUGGGGUUACGAAGAGAAAUAUCGUUGCACCUCAGAUAAUCGUUACCAUUCGCCUACCUGUGAUGGGUCUGACCAGGGUUGGACUCGUGGGGGUGGUCGAGCAGCACAGGAGCGUGAGUUCUACGACACUGCUGAUUUCGGAUAUAUCGCCAAACGUCUACAAGAGAUGGCCAUUGUUUGUAGAGGAACAAGAAUGGGAGAUAGCGUUCUUGAAUGUGUGGACCAUGCGCGCCUUUGUCGUGCCCAGAAUAUCUUUAUGGAUUUCUCCAAACUCAAAGAAUUAACGGGGCCAAUCAAAUAUCGUGACGAUGUCCUAGGACCUGGUCUUAUUGGGGGCCACUGCAGGCUCAAAGUGGAUCUGCUACGGUCUCUAGGACAACAUAAAAGCCCCUUGCAGUCCUGGUUUGCUGAAAUUGAACACUUCACCGUGCUCCCACAGCGGCUGACCGUCGACGAGUGUGGAGAAGUCAUUGAGGAACCAACUAUGUUGGUGAAGCUGGACGCCACAGUAAAUAUGUAUCAUCACUUUUGCGACUUCGUUAAUCUUUAUGCUACUCUGCACUUCAAUCAAACAGCUUUCCAAAACAUCAACGUUAUCGUAUGGGAUGGUUAUCCAUACCGGAGCAACUUUGGAGCUAUGUGGCGCAUAAUUACGGAUCGUCCGCUUCGUCACAUCGGCGAGUUCAAGAAUAAGGGCAAAGUGUGCUUCAGUAAUCUCCUCCUCCCGUUUUUGCCCCGGAUGAUAUUUGGACUGUACUAUAACAUGCCGCUUAUACCUGGGUGUCAAGGCAGUGGCCUGAUGAAGGCUUUCAGGGAGCAUACGCUCCACCGUCUAAACAUCCCUGUCGAAAGGCCGUCUGGUGACCUACGGGUUACUUUUCUGUCGCGAUCUACCAACACCAGGCGAGUUCUUAAUCAAGAUGAACUUAUGGAGGAACUCAACAAAGUCGAAGGUGUGCAGGCAACAAAAAUUGACUUCAAUUUUAAAAUGGACUUUAUCGCGCAGAUAAAUAUCAGCGCAAAUACUGACUUAUUAAUAGGCGUACACGGUGCGGGGCUAACUCACACGUUAUUCCUGCCGGAAUGGGCUGCAGUUUUUGAGCUGUAUAACUGCGGAGAUCCAAAUUGCUACCUCGAUCUUGCUAGGCUUGCUGGCAAAAGGUACUUCACAUGGGAGAAACGCAACACAUUAGAGGCAGUCGCCAAUCCCAAAGGGCAGCAUGCCGCGCAUGAGAAAUUUGCCAAUUACCGAUUCGAUGUGAAUGAAUUUAUCCGCAUUGUUCGAAAAGCGGUGGCCCAGGUGAACGAACAACUGAAGGCACACACGUAUCUUGGCCACAAGCGACCAGUUCACGACGAGAUGUAGUCAACACUGCACAAAAAGUAGAUACGAUUCUUGUGUAGCUUGAGUGCGCUAUAAAAUUCGGAGAGCGCGUUAGAACAAAUGUGUAAAAUAUGCCUGCAGUAGUAUAUUAACUACGUACGUAGGGUGCCACAGGGUGAGAAACUACAUUACAUUAGGCUUGCUUUUAAUAACAAUGGAAUAACAACUUCAAACAAUUAGAUGGAUUUCGCAAAGAUGCUGAAUUAAAAAAAAUUAUAUUUAGCGCUUAUUCACCAAACAUAAGACUGUAUGACUCUUCAUUUGAAGAUCACGUUUCGAGGGCGUGAUAGAGAAACUAUGACAGGCAAGGUGUGACUUUUUUAUGUUUAGCCGACCUUUGGCCUGAAGUGGUCUGUGGCUCUCGACUACUUUAAUUCUCUUGACUUACUACAUAACUUAUGGGUCAUAUAAAAAAUGUUGUGGCUGUUCUUAGUUUGACGGAUUUAUACAUACCCGGUUAACGCUCAUUUUGCAAAUUGAUUGUGGUGUAGGUGCUCAUAAUUUUUGCCUUGUCUCUUGAAAUGAAAUUCAUGCCAACGUUUUUAUAGCGUCCUCGAUUACCUGCUUAUUUUCCUUUUAGAAAGGAAUACAAAAGGUAGACAUUGAAAAAAGUUUGUUCGUUCAUUAUAUCUUUAACAAGACUUCAUUUAAUCGCAAUAUGUGGUAAUAAUGGAGCACACUAGACGCGCAUGCAUACGGCUCAUUCUCACUUUUUUUAUAACAAAAGUACGAACCAAUUACAUUGUUCAACAACGCGAGCAUAUUUUCAAGUGAAGCCAGUUUCAAGUUAAACGUGUUUGAUUUGCCUUUUUUGACAUGUGGUUUCAAACAAUAUGUUUAAUUGACUUUUUAAAGAAGGGUACGUUUUAAUAAGUAUAUUUCGCGAACAGACUUCCCAGUAUUAGGAUUGUGUGAUUAGUUAUUAGGAUUGCAGUAAUUAAGUUACAUAUCAUUUCAUACGUAUAAUUGAAUUUUAUCAUUUUGACGAAUCAUUAUAUAUAGUAUUGCUCUUUAUUUAUUCGCUUUAUUACGCAUUAGACUAAGCCAAAUUCAUCAAUAAGCUAUUUGCGUAUUUGAGUGAUGUCUUGUCAUAAAAAGUUGCAGUAACAAUUUUUUUGAUACUCAUGUUUUUUCAAAAUUCGUUAUUAUGCGGGUAAUAUUAGUAUUACAUUCAACAUAAACUGUUCUCAAACUCGAAUCUGCUAACUCUGACUUAUUUGACAUGCCAUGAAACAACGGCAUCGAAGUCUUUUUGUGAUAUAUAUAUAUCACAUCUAUCCAUAUACAUUUUUCACAAGAGCUACAGAAGUAGUGUGAAUAUUAAGAAUAUAAAGUAAAAUUAGAAGAGGUUGCACCCGGCAGUCUUUUUUGUUGUGUGUUCAAUACCAACGCAGUACGAACUACUACUAUUCAUGUCUUUCGCGUCUUUCAUGCCUCAGUGAUUUUUAUAGAUACAGUCGACUUGGUCGGUGUCUCGUAAAUGUACAAGAGCGAAGUUUUUGACUCUUGGCGGUCAUCAUGUCGAUGUGUGCGGUUUCAAAAUAGACCUCAUCGUCAAAGGGAUGAACAGACAGGCGCCAUCAUCGGGAACUAGAUCAAAAGAAUGAUUUGUUUAGCACCGAUUAAGCGAAAGCUAGACUACAUAAUACAUGUUACAGGCAGUGGCGUUAAAAAUAUGCAAUUUGCGGUACGUGGGACUACGUAUUGCGCAUUGUUAGAUAAAAACAAUUUCUAUUGCAUUUCCUGUUUGUAUAUAAAUCAAUUAAAUGAUGAUAACGUCUUCCAGAUAGAACCGCACAGAUAGGAAGGACACAAAUUCCGAUUGCUAUAAGAAUGAAAAGUCGGGUCGAUCUAACAGCGCAUCCAACACCACAACAAAAGAUACAUAGUAGGCUAGAACGAUCUGAAUGAAGCUAGAACGCAGUAAGUUAAGCAUGAAGAAUCUGCUAAUGCCGCUGGCUUUUGAAAAAUAUUUCUCAUUUAGCUCUUAAGUUUGGGCCUCCACAAAUAAAAAUCUGACUGAACUAGAACUUAUUAAAUCUGGCUGCUGAUAUUAAAUUUAAAUAAAUAAAUAAAUAAAUUUCUUUAUUAAGACGGUGUUAAUGUUAAACCGAAUGCUUAGUAAAAAAAAGUACAAACGACGACAGCAUUAUAUGACUCAGUCGGGGUAGUGGAUCCGUUAUCGAGGCGGUUGCCUGAACCUAGUCGCAAGCUUGUCUUUAUCUAAAGAAGUCUGCGUGUUCCGGAUAGUUUUUGGAAGUAGUCUACACAAUCUGAAAUAACGAAUCUGUUUGUUGUGGAAAAGUGUUCGAUAAAUCAUGAAAUGACCCGGGUACGACUCAGUUAACCAGCUUAUCGGCAACUAUCCAUCUAGUUUGAUCUGAUGUUACAAUUGCUAAAAAUUAAACACACUAAUUUGAUUUCGAAGUUGAGCAGUGGUACUUAACGUUAGCUAGCUGAUUCAAGAUCAAAACACGUUUGUGCGCGGCGAUUUGAUGUCGUGAGGGGCUGCUUAGAAAAGAAACCCACGGCAGUUUUGGCUCAUGUGACUUUUUGAAUCCAGAUAACUUGUAAUUUAGUGCAACUGUAGGCUGGGACACUGUCUGAAUACACGAGUAACACUGAAUGGUUAGUUAGCGGCAAACAAACCGUAUAUAUUAAAGACGCAAUCAAGGAAAAGGAAAAGCAGUAGCAGCAAAACUAAUAGGGAUAGCGAGAAAGCAAUGUGUUAUAGAAAUAACAUUGGCAAACACCGGUCAUACUAAUAAGUCUUUCUUUUUAAUAAUCUAUUGCUGUUUUUGCGGAUGCUCGAAACCUGAAAUCAGGAGCUGAAAAACUUCAAGAUGUCAAACAGCUCCUGGGCUCUACUGUAGGGAGAAUAAUAAAAAUGGUAGAACCAUUUUUCUCGUCCAUAAAUUAAUUCGUACAACUCCGUUUCUAAUCUUCAAACAAACACCAAUGAUAGCGCUGAUUAAAGUCGCAAGCAUCAAGCAAGUAUAUUAGUUGAUUUAAAUGAUGGGAAGUGUACGCAAGCUUAAAUUCAUUGAUUCUUACUGUCCAUAGUAUUAAGCAUUAUGACUAGUAGAGACAACGACUCAGAUGGAGUGUGGAGACAACGUCGAAUGCUCGCAACUGUAAGCUUCGGCCCAGUUGCCGGUUUGUUCAUGUACCACAAGGCGUGUACAAGAAUUAAUGGAGUCCUUCACUCGUAUAUUAUAAUAAAGUCUUUAUUACUACGGUAUUAUUGCUACUGUUUUUCUAGAAAUAAGUAAGUCGAACAGAACAACAUGUUCUGUCAGCGUACGCUCAAGAAAAAGAGCGCGAAGAACAAGCAAGUAAUAGACUUUAAUUGCAUUGUAUCGGGUUUUCAUUAACAGCAGCAAAAUUACAUUCACCUGCAUGAGACGUUGCAGGUCGGCGAGAUUGUAACCGUCUAUGGUUUCGCGAAAUGCUUUUCUACUGAUUUAUCCUUUAUGGGAAGCAACGAUCUAUUACAAAAUUGGCAAUUUCAGCCGUUACAUCCAUUGAAAGAGUGGUGUUAACAUGGACUUCUUCACUGUUAAUUUUACUUUUCUAGUAGCUAAGUCCUACCCGUUUGGCUCUUUUCGUGCAUAAUAUUUUUUCUAAGCCAAGCUGCCAGAGAAAAUGAGUGACAUUCCAUUCUCUCAAGCAUGUCUUAGAGAAGCUGUAUCCAAUCGCCAUUAUUAUCAGAACAAAUGAUACGUUUUAAAAUGCGUAUACUCUUGUUAUUAUUCUUCUGUGUUGAAUCUUCCAUAAGAGAAAGCCAUUUUUCAAAGUCGAAACGCGAAUUAUCAAUCAUAACGACAUUUUCCUUUCUCCUGUUCAGAACUUCUGAGUGCGGUCAUGAUACGCGGUUUUGCAACCAUAGGCCAAAAGUAGAUAAGCGACUUCAUCUAUAAUUUCCAACUUGACAAGCGAAACACACUCAGAGUCCUGUCUGUUUAUCUCCGAAGAUAUAAUAAUUUAAAUUAGGCAAUGUGUUUUAUGAAAAUUAAUCUUAAUUUUAAAGAUAAAUACAAGCUAACUUGACUCUACGUGAGAAUAGGUGAACAUAUAUGGUCUAUAUAAAUAAUAGGCUGUAUGAAAAGCGCCUUGUCUAACGCGGUGGUAAUCCAACAGGGUUGGUUUAGGUCAAAUCCGGCUUGCCCCACUCCUUUUAAACAGUCUGCAGCAUUAUUAAUUGAAGUUGCCGAACUGCUGGUGUGACGUAUAAGAAAGAAAGCGAAAAUUAGUUGAUAGCGUUCUCGGCGGAGCAAAAUCCGCCCGUCGGGGCCGAGUCUCAUACUCAUCGGUCCAUGAUAGACAAACAUUGCCCUGUCGGGCUCAGUCGCCCGUAAACAACAUUGCUCAAACUUCUUAAAAAAGCGCGUAAAAAGUGUGAUCCUCUACCCUUCCAGCCUGUGGCAUUGGCAAUUUCAGUUUACUAAAAAAACUGAAAAAAAGAACGCCUAGAAAUACGAUUGCUUUUUGUCUACAAAAGACCGCGCCUAACAAGCGUGCUGUUUGUUACUUAGAAAAAUAUACAUCAAAAGGCCACACAUAAAAGAUCUAUAGAUACACAAAAAUGCAUCGAAACCUGUACAGUUCUAGGUCUGUUUGUGCUUCUCAUAGCUAGCAAAAGGACUCGAAGAGAUAAGUUAAUCCAGCAAUGGAAAUCUAUUCCCUUAACAACGACAAAGUGGAUUAGUACCUUGAUUUCCAGAGGAGCUUUACUCACAGUCCGUUAUUAAAAUGUAAUAAUUACAACCGUACAUACAAAUUGAAACAUCUAUUAGUUGCUGGCAACUACUUUACUGGAAUUUAUUUAGGAUAUUUAAAUAUUAUAAUAUUUAAUAUUUAAAUUCGUAAUACAGAAAUAGCACUAUUGCAUUUUGAGAUGCACACCUGCAAACUAAUAGAUGAAACUGACUGCGUAGCAAGUUCAGGGUUAAGUGUCCAGUGAGUUAACAUACCGAUAAAAUGGAGCGUGACACAAACGGCAGCAUUAGACCCAUAAUUUAUUUUACUUGUUCAGCUUUAUUCAUUCACCUAACGUUGACGCCGAUUUCAAGCAUUUAACUUAUAUAACCUAGCGGUUGAACCCAGAUAAACGUAAAGGAAAAAAAUAGUAAAACCAUCUGCCCCGAGUCUACAUAUAGAAUAUAUGCCAAAAGUUAUAGCGGGACUAUUCCUUUGAUCUAGAUUUGAACUAGAUUUACUCAUUUCAGUAGGAAAGGGCCAAAGUUUGUCUGCUAGGCUAAAGGGGGGGGAAUAGAAUGGGGUUAAUAUAGGGACAAUACAGGAACUGCAAAUAAAGUACGUGACUAGAAAAGGCCAAAUUAUACAACAGAUGUUUUAGCAUGAUUCCUAAAAUGUGCUUUUGUAACUUGGAAACGAUUAAAAGGAAAAUAUACUUAAAUGUUUUUUUUUAAUUAUUAUUUUCUGGUUGAUAUUUGGGAGCGAGGGCGACCUCCAAACCUAAAGUCGUGGGAGGCAUAUAACACUGUUACUUUUUUAGCUGUACGUAUAAUGAAAUCUGUAAUUACACAUUAUAUAAGUAACGGUUUUACUAGUAUAUUAAAUAAUGUUCACAAUACGUUAUAACGAGUUCUUGGUAAAGGCGAUUAGAAUUUAAACCUAAUCAAAAUUAUGACUAAAAGGGAGCUCUUUGCUCCUCCAUUGCGAUCUCGAUAGAAAAAGACGACUCAAUUUUUUCAGGUGGUAUAUUUCUCCUAUCUUAUUGAGUCCCCAACAAAAGAAUUUUGACUUCACUUUUACCAUUGUAUAUCACGCUAAUAGUUGAUCCUCGUGCACUUCAGUAACUUUUACAACAAAUGUGACCUAUCAUACGAACACACAUUAUACAUCAUAUUUACUAUACGUAUACUGCUGUAUAUAUUGUAAGGCUGUAAAUGAUUACGACACUUUCCAUAAAAAACUAAAAUUAACUAAUGGUUGUUUCGAACUUUUACGUCUGCUAGUGCUGUUAGGCAGCUUCUCAUACUGGUAUAACCGACUGCAGAUCAGCGACAAAUAAGCCUAAGUAUCACUCUACGUUCAGUUCAAAAGGACUGGAUUGGUUUACAGGGAAACGUCCACUGCCUUCUACAGAUCCAUUACUAGUGAUUUGCCGUAUUUUUCCCUAAUUUAUUAGAUACCCGUUACAAAUAGCGAUGACAAUGGAGAUGUAUAUUGCCACAAACAACACAAACUUUGCUAGUCUUUAGUUUGUUACCACAUCAGAAAGACUUCUGAGAGAUAUGCGACCCUACAGACUGUAUUUGUGCAUGGCGCAGUUACUUCAUCGGAUAGGCUCCGUGAGGGGAUCCAGAGCGAUUACACAUGUCUACAGUGUAAUAUGAGUAUUGAUUUAGAGUGUGUCUCGUUAAACUAUCUAAUGGCAGCAGAACUCAGGGUGACAUUAUAACUUCCGUGGUUGGAAGCAUACAAACGAUGCGUUCCUGCAAGCUACGUAUAGGACUAAAUAAUUAUAGUUAAAGUAUAAGUUUUUCAGACCAUUGUUGCAGUCUGGACAGUAAAGUCUUUAGUAAAGGACUGCUAAUUCAAGCUGUGAAAUUUGAAUUUAAUAAAAAAAGACUUCUAUAAUUUCGUUAGAGCUUCACGCAUAUGGUUGAGUACUGUUGAAAUAGACGAUCAUUCAGCCAAUACCGCAAUUAACGCACACGAAUUGGCUACUUGCAUAGAAACCAUAGUCAAAUCAACGUUGGAAACGUAUAUAAUCGAUUGAUAGAGGAGAUCGCUACGUGAAAACGUAAAUGUGUUUCACAGAUGCUUUUCCGCUUUUAUACAAAACAAGAGUUGGCUAACAGGCUGGCGUGUCUGUUAAAUUAUAACAAGGAAUCUUAGAACCGUACAAUUUUAAUUAAAAAAUGCGAUACUACGUUAUGUUACAAUAAAGCAAAUAAUGUACGAACCCCUAUUGAAUUGGUAAAACAGUUAGUCGGCAUGUAUGAGCAUAGUAUACAGCAAUUUAAACUCUCAAUCAAUAUACUGCAGCAGCACUGUACAAAUAUAGAGAUAAUAUUAACCAAAAAAUGUUCACUAAAUUGCACAUCUGUAUCGAUCUAGG